AUGGGCCGCGAUAUCGAACUCGCGGAGUACAUUGUCGAACGCCUCAAGCAGGCCGGCGUCAAGCAAGUCUUUGGCGUUCCGGGCGACUACAACCUCGAAUUCCUCGACUACUUUGAGCGCGACCCCGUUCUCGAGUGGGUUGGAAACGCCAACGAACUGAAUGCUGCCUAUGCCGCGGACGGCUAUGCGCGAAUCAAGAACAACCUCGCGGUGCUCGUGACGACGUUCGGCGUGGGCGAGCUGAGUGCUCUGUGCGGCGUGGCCGGUUCGCUGGCGGAGCGCGUGCCCGUGCUGCACAUUGUCGGCGCGCCAAACACAAAGAUGCAGUCGGAGCACGCACUCCUGCACCACACGCUCAACACGCCGGGCACCUUCACGACCUUCAGCGACAUGUCCAAGCCUUUGUCGUGUGCGACCGCGACGCUGAACGACGUGCAGCCCGAGACGAGGCGCACGUACGCGGACGUGUUUGACGAUGCUGUCCGCGCAUGCCUCACGCAGUGUCGCCCCGCCUACGUCGAGCUGCCCAUGGACGUGCUCCACGUCAAGGUCUCCGAUGAGGGGCUGAAGCACCCCCUUCCCCGUCCCAGUGACCCGCCGCCGUACGGCGCGCUCCGCCGCACGACCCUCGCCGGCGCACAGGAGCCGACGAAUGUGCUCUUCCAGGCCGAGCGCGCGCCGGCGUACGCGACCAGCGAGGAAGUGACAAAGACGGUAGUGAAGGAGAUCACGAAGCGCUUCGCCGCGGCGAAGAAGCCGAUCGUGCUCGUCGACGCGUGUGCGGCGCGUUUCGGCGUGGGCCCGCACCUGAAGAAACUCGUCGACGAGUGCGGGCUCCGCUUCUUCACGACGCCGAUGGGCAAGUGCGUCCUCGACGAGAGCUCGGAACUGUAUGGCGGGUGCUAUGCGGGCCAGAACCUCCUCCCCGAGGUGAUCAAGGAUGUGGAAUCGGCCGACUUCGUGCUGUACGUUGGUGCGCUGAAGAGCGACUUCAACAGUGGCUCCUUCAGUGUCAAGAUCCCCGAGGACUAUGCCAUCCGCCUGCACAGCUACACGACCGAGAUUGGCUAUGCGUCCUAUCCCACCACGGACAUUCGGCACGUCGUGCCCGCCCUCAUCCCCGCCUUCAAGGAGGUGGUUGACAAACAGGGCAAGCCGAAGAGCAAGCGCGACACCGUCGCUGAGAAGAUUGACGCGGGGCUGUGCGAGAAGCUCUACGACGCACCCCUCGAUCCGAAGGGCAAGAUCACCCAGGCGUGGCUGUGGGGCCGUAUGGGGUCUUGGAUUCGCGAAAACGACAUUGUCAUCUGUGAGACGGGCACGAGUUCGUUCGGCCUGCUCUCCGUGCCCCUCCCCAAAGGGGUGACUUAUGUCGCCCAAGUGCUCUGGGGCGCGAUUGGGUGGAGUGUCGGCGCCGCUUUGGGCUGUGUGCUCGCCAGCGACGAGCAGAAGCAGGACCGCCGCACAGUCCUCUUUGUCGGCGACGGAUCGCUGCAGCUCACAGUCCAGGAGAUUGGCACGAUGGUGCGCCGCGGCCAGAAACCGUAUCUGUUUGUGCUUAACAAUGACGGGUACGAGAUUGAGCGCCAGAUUCACGGCAAACACGCCAAGUACAACGAUAUUCAGCCCUACGACCACCAGCUGCUCCUGCCCUUCCUCUCCGGACCCAAGAGGGAGCAGACCGAGAGCUUCAAGGUCAAGAGUCAGGAGGAACUCGACCGUCUCCUCAAGGACAAGGACUUCUCCGAGCCGACCAAGAUCCGCCUCAUUGAGCUCGACAUGCCCCGUGACGAUGCGCCAGAGGCACUCAUCAAGCAGGCACAGCUUACUGCCAAGGCUAACGCUGGCGAUGACUAG